AUGAAUAACCUUGAGGGUGCUUUGCAUAAGGAGCACUUAUUUUGGAAAGAAAGGGCUAAAGUUAAAUGGCAUUUGGAGGGCGACAGAAACACAAAAUACUUUCACAAGAUUUAUAAGAUAAAGAGUGCUACUAAUAAUAUAUAUGCUCUUAUCAUUGAUGAAAAUCUUGUUUUUGAUCAAGAGACCCUUAGUUCUCAUGUGGUUGAUAAUUUCAAGAAUCUAUUCUCUUUUCCCGUGGGAACAAAUAUAGAUUUAGACCUCAUCAAGGAUAUCAUUCCUAAUCUCAUUAGCCAUGAAGAUAAUCAAUUGCUCAUAAAUAUCCACACUGACAUUGAAAUCAAAGAAGCGGUUUUCAACUUGAACAAAGAUGGAGCUCACGAGCCUGAUGCUAACUUUAAGUUUAAAAUCAUCUCUAAGGUUAUUGCAAAUAUACUUUCUCCCAUUAUAUCAAUAAUCAUUUCCAAGGAGCAAAAAGGUUUUGUUCAAGGGAGAUGCAUCAAAGAGUGUAUUAGGCUUACUUCUGAAGUUGUUAACUUGAUGCACAAGAAAUCAUAUGGUGGUAAUCUGGUUAUGAAAGUGGACAUUGAAAAGGCUUUUAAUUCUAUUAACUGGUUGUUCUUGACGCAAGUUCUUAAGCAAUUUGGUUUCAACGAUAUUUUAAAUAACUGGAUUUGGACCAUCCUCCAUUCUUCUAAGAUUUUGAUUUCUUUCAAUGAAAAUCUGCAUGGGUUUUAUGAGUGUGGCAGAUAA